AUGCCACACAGGCGCCGCGGCGGCGGCCCCCCAGGCAACACAUCCCCCGCGCGGACAGUAGACAGCUGCGAAGCCGCACCCGGCGGAUCCGUCGGCGGCGGAGGCGGGGGCGGAAAGCCCGAGGAGGAGCGUGUGCUGAUCAGCGAGAUCGUGAUUCACGACAAAGACGGCGGCGAGGUGGAGGACGAGGAGCUGUUGAAGGUGGCGGCGGGCAUACUCAAGGUGUCCAACGCUAACGUGGUGCUCACCACGCAAGAGGAGCAGGAGGACGUGCAUCGGAUUAUUGACACGGGGUACUUCGCUAGCUGCCUGCAACUGCUGAGGACACCCGAGAUUGUGUGCGGCUCAUUUUCCAGGUGA